AUGGCGGAUUAUAAUAUAGCUGGUACGGAAACAGUUUCUCCUAUAAAACAGUCGUCGAUAUCGGUAGCAGUUAGAGUACGACCAUUUACUGAUUAUGAGAAUAAUCGAUUGAUACGAAAUGAUAAUGAAGAUAUAUUUUUGGGUGAUGGGUGUUUGUCAGGUCCUCCGCAGAGUAAAUUGAGCAUGGCACAGAUACAAGCACUGCUGCUGCUGCUGCUGCUGCAAAAGAAAAAUUUCAUGCCGUUGGGAAUAAGAAAAAUUCUUGAUGUUGUUGAUGAUAAGAUGCUCAUCUUUGAUCCACCAGAAACGAACCCAAUUGCCAAGAUGCAAAAAAACGCGUUUCCCAAUAGCUUUAAAGGAUCAAGAAUUAGGGAACACAAAUUUGUCUUUGACAAAUUAUUCGAUGAGGAUGCAACACAGCAAGAUGUAUAUUACAAUACCACAAGGCCCUUGUUAGAUUCUGUUCUAGACGGAUAUAAUGCAACGGUUUUUGCAUAUGGGGCCACCGGAUGUGGUAAAACACAUACUAUUCUGGGAACUCAUGAAAACCCGGGAGUCAUAUUCUUGACAAUGAAGGAACUAUAUGAACGAAUAGAAGAAAAACAAGAUACCAAAAUUAUAGAUGUAAGUUUGUCAUAUCUAGAGAUAUACAAUGAAACCAUUCGAGAUCUACUAGCCCCAGAAACAGAUUUCAAAAAAUUGAUUAUAAGAGAAGACUCAAAUCGAAAGAUUUCUGUAUCUAAUCUAUCUUGUCAUCGGCCUGACUCUGUGGAGCAAGUUAUGGACCUCAUUAUGCAAGGAAACUUGAGUCGCACAUCAAGCCCCACCGAGGCGAAUGCAACAUCAAGUCGAUCGCAUGCCGUACUACAGAUUAAUAUAGUUCAAAAGAAUCGUACGGGAGACAUUAAACAAGAGCAUACGUUUGCUACAUUAUCAAUUAUAGAUCUUGCUGGGAGUGAGAGAGCUGCCGCAACUAAGAAUAGAGGUGCUCGACUAAACGAAGGUGCAAAUAUCAACAAAUCGUUACUAGCCUUGGGGAAUUGUAUCAAUGCGUUAUGUGACCCAAGACGAAGAAACCAUGUUCCCUUUAGGGACUCGAAAUUGACGAGGUUGCUUAAGUUCUCCCUUGGUGGCAAUUGCAAAACAGUAAUGAUUGUUUGUGUUUCGCCGAGUAGUCAACAUUAUGAUGAAACGUUGAAUACAUUGAAAUAUGCAGAUCGGGCCAAGGAGAUCAAAACUAAGGUAAUACGAAAUCAGCACAAUUUAGAUCGUCAUGUAGGAUCAUAUUUGAAGAUGAUUACGGAACAAAAACAAGAAAUAGAAGAACUUCGAGCUAGAGAGAGUAAAAUUGCCGAAGCCGAUCGAGAGAGACAAAGAAAACUUGCCCAACGAGCCUAUAAUAUACUACAAGAUAGCAUUGUUUCAGUAAGACAACGUUUAGCCAAAUAUUCCCCGGAACGAUGUCGAAGGUGUAUGCUUCUAGCUAAGAGGAAACUAUUGAUUAUACAAAAAGUGGAGGUUGAGCAAUUGAUGAAUUUCAACUUUGUCAAUCAACAGCGGCAAGAUUUGAGUCCACCUCUUCUGACGAUUUAUGAUUUGUGCGAGCAAGUGAUAUCCAAAGUUCAUACUCAAAUUCCCGAGAUUGAGGAACAGUAUAAACAGAGCUACGAUGUUGAUUAUAUACUAGGUGAAUCUGCAACUCAAACUUUGAGUAAAUUACAAGGUGAAGAAGGCUGGUUUGAAUUUCAUACUACAAUCUAUUCCCAGUCUAUUGAUUCUUUACAAAAUCAAGUACAAACGGACCAAUUGGUUAAGUCGUCUGCGUUAUUUGACCAGUUGAUUGAAUCUUUGAAAGAUUAUUUAUACAUACCUAAAUUACUCACAAAUACAGGUAGUAGUUUAGAUCAAACGAUACAAAUGUUGCAGAGUACAGUAAGUGGAGAUUUUGAAACCGCUCUACAAUUCCAUGCUAACGAGUAUAUGAAGAAAUGGAAUUGGUACCUGCAAAUGGCCGAUGAUGUAGCUUUGUCUUUGAUGCCAUUACAAGAACAAGAUCAAAACGUCUACAAUUCGCAACCCGCUAGGAAGUCCAGGGCUCUGAGUAUCACAUCUCCUAUAUCCAGAGACAUGAAAAAAAUGCCACCACUAAAAAGAAACAAAUCAACAUCAUCGCCUAGUCGAAAGCCCAAGAAAAUACAGAAAUGGGGAAAUGGCCAUGUGUUGGAUAAUACUAAACCUUCACGUAACCAAUCAUCUUUUGACGCUAUAGUCGAUUCAAGUUUUGAAGAUGUCACGUUUCAGAAUAAUUCAGCCAUUGCAUCAAUUGAACGAGCCCAGCAUGAAUCACCAAACACUAAUCAAGUUUUGGAUUUGGAUUUACAGUUUGAUCCGGUUUUAGAAAGUCCCCCGCUGCCACCUAUUUUACAAACACAACCGACAUUAUUGAGGAAAAGCUCGCUGAGUAAGAAAGUGUCCGACAAUUUAAAGCAAAUUAAAAUCGGGAUACUGAAUGGAGAGGAGAGUGUUGGUGCAAAUGGGAAUGGGAAUUUGAACGGGAAUGGAAAUGGGAAUAUACCGAAUCUAAAUAAAAAACUAAACUAUAAUCUAGUUGAGCUGAAAAUGCCACUUUUAAAUACUCUGGCGGCUGCUAAAGUGACUCAAGAUGCUAUAGACUAA